AUGAAGAUUUUAAUCCUUUUCGGGCUGAUAGGUGCACACGCUUUCCUUACAACUGAGCCUGAAUUUUAUUCUACAGCUGCGGACGUUGAACCUACAGAUGAAACUGUAACAACUGGAGCAAAAAUAGUAACGACACCCGAACCUGAGACGUCUGAAUCUGUUAAUACAGAGGAAACAGAAAUUGGAACAGAAGCUGUCACCGAUCCUGAAUUUUCUACAGGUGCUACUGCCACGAAAGAACCAUCAAAUCCUGGCACAGAAGCUCCUCAGGAAACUAAUGCUCCAGGUACUGAAGACCCUAAUACGGAAACGACCACAUCCGAGUCCCCUGAACAGCCUAGUACAAAACCAACGACGACCCAGGAGCCAGAGGGGUCUGGAGAGUCCAGUGGAGACGGAGGACAAAAUACGACAACUGAAGAACCAGUUACUGGCACAACGGGGGAGCCACUAAAAACUGAAACGACAGAAGAAGAAGAUGAAGGUCCAAACUUGGCUCUGAUCCUUGGGUUGACGUUUGGAUGCACAGCUGCUGUGGCCCUUGGUGGCGCUGGUGUGUGGUACUUUUUCUUCCGAAAGAAUACCGUUGAAAUCGCUGAUGUCGAAACUGUAGAAAAAGACGAAGCAAGCGACGAGGAAUAA